CGCCCGCCUUUCCAGCCCGCGGUUCCACCCAACCGCCGGAUUCCGGCCGCCCGGGCAGAGCGUCGCAGAGCCGCGAGCCCCCGAGCCGGCCGCCCAGUCCCCUCGUCGGGUUCCGCGUCCCCGGGUGCCCGGAUCCGCCGCCAUGGCCAGCCAGGAGCUGGCGCUCAAGCUGCAACGGCGGCUGCAGUGGGAGGAGGGGGCGGAGGGCGGCCUCCAGCCCGCGCCCCACGCAGCGCCGGCGCCCGCGCACGAGGUCCCCGGCCGGGCGCCCACCGCCUGCGCCGACGCCGAGCUGAGCGCGCAGCUGAACCGACGGCUGGACAUCAACGAGGGCACGGCGCGGCCCCGCCGCUGCAAGGUCUUCAACCCCUACACCGAGUUCCCGGAGUUCAGCCGCCGCCUCAUCAGGGACCUGGAGAGCAUGUUCAAAAAGUACGACGCCGGACGGGACGGCUUCAUUGACCUGAUGGAGCUGAAGCUGAUGAUGGAGAAGCUGGGGGCCCCCCAGACCCACCUGGGCCUGAAGAGCAUGAUCAAGGAGGUGGACGAGGACUUUGAUGGCCAGCUCAGCUUCCGUGAGUUCUUACUCAUCUUCCACAAGGCCGCAGCGGGGGAGCUGCAGGAAGACAGUGGGCUAAUGGCGCUGGCGAAGCUCUCUGAGAUCGACGUGGCCCGGGAGGGUGUGAAAGGUGCCAAGGACUUCUUUGAAGCCAAGGUCCAAGCUUUGUCCUGUGCCAGUAAGUUUGAAGCCGAGCUAAAAGCCGAGCAAGAUGAGCGGAAGCAGGAGGAGGAGAAGAGGAGGCUCCGCCAGGCAGCCUUCCGGGAGCUCAAAGCCGCUUUCAGCACAUAGUCAGGCACCCUUGACCUCCAUCCACACAGUGCCUCGCAGAUGCCCCCAAGAGAGCUGGCUGGGCCUCUUCACUCCUCCCCCUCCCACCAACCUGCCUCCACGCCCACCAAGCAAUGCAAACUCCUUGCCUCUUGGAGUGGCAGGGAGUGGCUCUCAUCCCUGUGUGGGAGCCUCUUCCAAGGGUCCUUGGAUGAGCCAACUGCCCCCCCCGCCCCCCCCCCCGCUUUCUCUGUAGCCAGAUGGGGCCUCUACUCCGCAGCUUGUACUUUGUCCCUGCCCCUUUGCCAUUUCGCAUCAAAGAGCGUUAAUUUGUGCAGAUAUUUCUCUCUUUGAUGGUCCUCUGAGGACAUAGUCCCUGGAGGGUUCUGAUGUUAAUGUUGCCCAUUUUCCCAGGGAACUCACCUCUCCCCUUGGGGUCCCCCUCCUCUGCCUUUCCUGUUCAGCUUCCCUGCUUGCAUUCUGAGCCUGAUUCUUCCAUUUGCUUUGGUAUCUUCUGUGCUUUGAUGACAGUGAGGUUUAAGGCAAGCCAGGCUGGACCGCGGCCUGCCCCCUCUUCAGCAGGGGGGUGGCAUGCUACUGAGAUGGCCAAAUAGGAGACAGAUAGGAAGACCUGUUCCUUCCUAUCACCGUUCUCCUGUCCACUUAGCAAUCCCCCCUGGACCCACCCUCUUCACCCCUUUCAAACGUGUCUUCUCAUUUCCUCUUCCUCUUAAAUAGCCUGCUACUUACCUGCAAGAAUGAGAAAAUAAUCAUAAGUGAUAUUAAUGCAUAGGAGAAUCCCUAUUAAUUCCUACUAUGCAAAUAAAUUACUGUAAACCCCUACUUUCCCAAGGGACAAAUCCAGAGCCUUUCAAAAUCCCAAAAGUCAUGACCGUCUUCAUCUGGCCAGUUUCCAACUUCUGCUCCAAGAUGUUGAGGUAAAGCUGUUCUUACCCCAGCACAAAUUUUUAUAUGUUGUGUAUUCUUGGGAUUGCUCACAAAUACCGGGGUUUCUUGUAUUUUUUUUUUUUAAAGAAUUCCUAACAUUGUAUUUAUUCUCUUUUGUAACUGCUGUCUUUACAACAAGGAAAACAUCUGCAUUUCUACUUCACAGCUGCCUCUUUUUUCCAAUAAACUGCAAAUGGACUUUGCCAUUA